AUGAAUUUUUAUGAAGCUGCUGAGGUUUUCAACUGCUUUUGGAAGUUCCAGUCAUUUGGUCAAAGAAAUUGUCAAAGCCGAGUCCACACUCAAGAUCUGAAUCUUACAACAUAUUCUGAAGUGAAAUCACUGCACAUCUCUGUAGCUGAUCAUACUUCGUCAAUCCUUGAUGAGCAACUGGAGUCUCCUCAUUCAUCUCAAGCUGGCAGUAUGGUCGGAAUGAUGGAGAAUGGUAUGGAAGAUCCGAAACGUCACGCUCGCGCUCAGCAUAAUGCCUUGGAGCGAAGGCGACGAGAUAAUAUCAAGGAUAUGUAUACAAGUCUAAAGGAUGUCGUCCCAGAUAUGCAAAAUGAAAGGGCUUCUCGUGCAGUGAUUCUGCGGCGAGCUAUUGAAGUCAUUGAGGAAAAGCAACAGCAACGUGCAGAUCUGAGAGCAGAUUGUGAUCGGCUAAGAAAUGAGAUGGCCGAGUUGGAAAGGGAAGUCGCUAGACUUCGCGAAAAUCUCGCCAAGCCAAGCGAAUCAAGCCGCAGUAGUAUUUCUGGUAAUUGUUCACCACAACCUACCUCCUUACAACUUCUACCAUCUGUUAAAGUUGAACCAGAGUGUGAGUAG